GACCACGCCUGGGUGAUCUUCGGAAAGAACGGAGAGGAGACGGCUGAGGUGACGUGGCACGGGAAAGGGAACGAGGACCGGAGAGGACAGACAGUCAGCGCCGGGGUCACGGAGAGGAGCUGGCUGUACCUGAAGGGCUCCUAUCUCAAGUGCAGCCGUAACAUGGAGGUUGCCUUCAUGGUGUGCUCCAUUAACCCUUCCAUUGACCUGCACACCGACAGCACAGAGCUGCUCCAGCUGCAGCAGCGUGUGUGUUGCAGGUACCCGAUGGCUUUGGGCUCCCUCGCUGACCUGGAAGAUUUGGAUCCUAUUCCUGGGAGAGCCAGCCCACUGUCCAUCCUCGAGAAGGCGAUCUACUCUGCAAAGCAGUUCUACAACAAUGAGCACAUCUACCCCUACAUGUUCCUGGCUGGGUAUCACUACCGGCACGGAGAGGUGCGUGACGCACUGGGGGCCUGGGCGGAGGCAGCCAUGGUCAUGCAGGACUACAAUUACUUCCGGGAAGAUGAAGAAAUCUACAAGGAGUUCUUCGACGUUGCCAAUGAUGUCAUCCCCACCCUGCUGAAAGAGACGGCGAGCGUGGCCGAGAGCACAGAGGAGCGCACAGGGGCACAGGACUCCCAGCUGCAGUCGGCAGCCCUCUCCGCUCUGCAGGACCCAGAGUGUUUUGCUCACCUGCUGCGCUUCUACGAUGGGAUCUGUAAGUGGGAGGAGGGCAGCCCCACCCCAGUGCUGCAUGUGGGCUGGGCCACUUACCUGGUGCAGUCUUUGAGUCGCUUCGAUGGACAGGUGCGCCAAAAAGUGUCAAUCAUCACCAAGGAGGCGGACCCGCAAGACGACGACGACCAAUCGAGCGAGGACCUGCGUGAGGGGCGGAGACGAGGGCCUCGGCGCGAAUCCAAACCCGAGGAGCCUCCGCUGGCCCUGCCCAAGAAGCCGGGUCCUGAGAGGAGCUCCGAGCUGCUGCAGAGGCGCCGCUCUGUCCCGGGGCUCCGGGGCAGCGAGAGGGAGGGGACGUCCCAGGCAGGGUCCCCCAGCCCAGCCUCUCCGCUUCCCCCUCCCCCUCCCCCCGGGCCCGUCGUCUCUUUCCACAGCGAGAAGAUGAAGGGGAUGAAAGAGCUGCUCGCUGCCGUCAAGAUCAACUCGAGCGCCAUCAAGCUGCAGCUCACUGCCCAGUCCCAGGUGCAGAUGAAGAGGCAGAAACCGGCCCCGUCUGGAGACUACACCCUGUCCUUCAUGAAACGCCAGCGCAAGUCCCUGUGAGACGCCUCGCUGCGCUCUCUCUCUCUCUCUACCCCUACACUCUCCACUCUAGCACCCUGUCCUUCAUGAAACGCCAGCGCAAGUCCCUGUGAGACGCCUCGCUGCGCUCUCUCUCUCUCUCUACCCCUACACUCUCCACUCUAGCACCCUGUCCUUCAUGAAACGUCAGCG